UAGUCUCGCCGCCGGGCGGUUAUUCAGCAUCAUGAGUGGAGUAGGGAGCAAAAAGAGUUCGUCCGGCUCGUCAAGUGUGACAGAUUGGAUUAGUUCGGCGUGUAAAUUCGCAACAGACAGAAAUGAUUUCAGGAGGAAUCUGCUGGUCAACUUGGGGUUGUUUGCAGCUGGUGUUUGGGUUGCAAGAAAUCUCUCCGAUUUUGACUUGAUGGCCCCUCAACCUGUCACAUAACCCUGUCACAGUCUCGAAAUGGUGUCUUGGACUCCAAAAGAAGAAUCAAACAACUUAAAGAAAAAAAAACAUUUGUUAAAUCUUCAUUUGAACUGUAUUAUCUCCUAAUUCAUAAUUACUGUUUUGUUUUCAUUGUCUAGACAUAAGAACAUUAAGUCUGCUCUUGUUGCCUAGCUUGUGAAGUACUUCGACUGCGCAGAAA